ACCGGGUCCUCGGUUCACACUUCCUCCGCGAAGCCAUUUUGACUUGAAGCCGCAGCGCUGGCGAAACUGUCUGGAGAAAGGUGAGAAUCCGGUGGAGUGAUGUGGGAUCAGGGAGGACAACCCUGGCCACAGUGGCCUCUGAGCCAGCAGCAGUGGAUGCAGUCUUUCCAGCACCAGCAAGAUCCAGGUCAAGUGGACUGGGCUGCUCUGGCACAGGCUUGGAUAGCCCAAAAAGAGUCAACGGUAGCAGAGCAACCUGUUCAGCUAAAUGGGCAGGAUAUACCUGGCCUCGAACCGGUUGGACCAAGCAACCAUGGUGCCUUCCAGGGAGACCCAGCAUUCAACAGAGUGUGGCAGCCAGAAUGGGGAAUGCAUGGACAGCCCCCACCUCCUCCUCCCCCUCCUCCUCCUCCACCCCCUGACCAGGCCUGGGUCCCUCCAGGAUCAGCACCAAUGGAUGUGGUGAACCCCAGUGAGGACAGCAACAGCCAGGACAGCGCGGAGUUCAACUCUGAAGCCCACCAUGGGGUUUACCCCCAGAACAGCCAUGGGUAUGGGGCACAGCCCGACAGCUACGCCAUGGCCCCCAUGGCCAUGAACCAGUUUGAUUAUCAGCAUGGAGCCGCCUCUUCCUUUGCCCCCACACCUACGGGCUUCCACUCAACGUAUUGGCAGGGCCCGCCUCAGAACAGACGAGACACCAGACCACCUGGGUUCAGAGACCGGCCCAGAUCACCCAUCCAGCUCCCUGUCAAGCAGGAGGCCCCAGCACCACUGGAUGCUGUUAAAAGACGCACUCUACCUGCUUGGAUUCGCGAGGGCCUUGAAAAGAUGGACAGAGAGAAGCAGAAGAAGAUAGAGCGAGAGCGAAUGGAGAAGGAGCGUGCGGAAAUGGCAAAAGAUGAUAGCAAAGAGCAGGAGGCAGACAAGGAGGGUGAUGGGCCUCGUGUGCCUCGCAAGAGCAAAUUUGAUAGCGAUGAUGAGGGUAAUGAUGACAAUGGCGAAGAAGAGAAGACUUCAAUAAAGAAGGAAUUUUCUGUCCGGAGCCCGUCACCUACCGCAGAAGAGAGUGAGCCUGAAAUGACUGAUGAAGAAAAAGAAUAUCAGUUGAUGAUCAUCACAAAAACGCUCUUAACAGAGAUCCUUCUUGAGGUCACUAAUGAAGAAAUCCUGCACGUGGCCAAAGACACUCAUCGGAAAGCCACUCGAGCUCCUGCAAAACAGCUGGCACAGUCAAGUGCACUGGCUUCUCUGACUGGUCUCAGCGGGCUUGAUGGCUAUGGUUCAGAUGAGAGUGAGGAUGAGGAUGAUCACAGCAUGCGAGGGUCUGAGUCCUCUGACACAGACGAGGAAGAGUUACGCCACCGCAUCCGGGAGAAGCAGGACGCUUUCCGUCGCAAAGAACGGGAACUUCAGCAACUGCUAGAAAAACAAGCACAAGAGGCUCUGCUUGCACGUGAAGAGAUGGUGAAGGAGAGAUUGAGCAGAGAAAAGGGGGAACAUGAUGAGGGCCAGGCAGAGAAUCCACACAAACAGGACGUAAAAGAGAGAGAGAGAGAGGCGGAGCCUGUUGUAGAGAGGCGUAGGUCUCGUAGUGAAAAGGAGGGUAGUGAAAGUAAGCACUUGGGUAGAGGGAAAGAGCGAUCAAGGAGAGAUGGCAGUGAUUCUCCAGCAAAUGGUCACAGCAGCAGCUCCUUCUCCACUUCCAGCCACAGCAGCAGUCGUUCUUCGUCCACCUCUUCCUCCUCUUCUUCUUCAGAUUCUUCCCGCAGUUCUUCUCGAUCCUCCUCCCCACGAAGGAAGAGGAGGCAUAGUCGCUCUUCAUCUCACAAGGCUCGCAAGCGUAAGCGCAGCCGUAGCCACAGCUCCCACAGGCAUCGCAGUGAUAAGGUCAGGGACAGGAGGAGGAGCAGUGAUAGAUCAGGUCGUCACAAGAAAGACCGAAGUGAUUCCAGGGAGCGCAGGAGUCACAGGAGUAGGUCCAUAUCCAGGUCCAGAGAGAGAGACAGGGGCAGAGCCAGGGCCAGAGACAGCCGUAGUCGCAGCAGAGAGAGAGAAAAGGACAAAGAUAAGGAGAGGAAGAGGAGCCGAGAGCGCAGGGACAGCAGUCAUAGUCGCAGCAGCAAACACAAGCAAAAGGCCUUCAGCAAAGACAGAGAGAGGAGAAGGGACAGGAGUCGUAGUCAUGAAAAGGAUAAGAAAAAGAAGGAUAAAGACAAGGAUAGAGAAAAAGUGUCUGAUAAAAAGAAAGAGAGGCCUAAGACCAAAGAGAAAGAUAAGGAGAGGGUUACAGAAGAGAAUGGCAAAUCAAAGAAAUUUAAAGAGAGCGACUCAUGCAUGGACUCUCAGAGUGACAAGCACUCCCGUCAGGAUAGCAAAACUAGCAAGAAGGGCUCCGCCAAAGCUAGCAAACGACGCUCUGACUCUGACACAAGUAGAUCCCCUUCCCCUGAAAUUAGCAAGGAGAAGAAAUCUAAAAAAUCCAAACGUAGUCGCUCAAGGUCGACGGAAAAAUCUCACAAGUCUGGUAAGAAGGCAAGCCGCAAACACAAGUCUAAGUCACGAUCAAGGUCCACAUCCCCCUCCCGCCAUAGCAGACGCUGAGGAGCACAGAUAACUGAUCUGUGCACUUCACCAUUUUAAAUUCCAUGAGUUGAACAGGCUUGUCUCAUUAUAGAGGCAGUUGUGUAGGUGAACUCCCCACUCAUACAUGUUUUCUUUUUCCUCUUAUUUGUAAAUACGUAUGUUGUUUUAAAGUGACUGAAGAACAAGACUUUGAAUGGUAGGAAUUUUCACUUGUAUUGUUAUGCAAAACUUAAUAAGGCUAGGUGGACUCUAAAAAACAAGUUGUAUCAUUUUAAACAGUAACAGGA